AUGGACUCGUCUCUGUUUACCGCCGCUCGCAUUAACAAGUUCUCCGGAACAAACUUCCAUGUGUGGAAGUUCAAGAUGCAAAUGGUGCUGGAGGAGCGAGACCUGUGGGACGUCGUGAGCGGCGAGGUCAAGAUCGAGCACUGUACAAGUACUUUGGACCAAGCGACGUUCAAGCGAAAGUCGCGAAAGGCGCUAGCGAUAAUCUGUCUUGCGAUGGAGGAUUCGCAGUUGCCACUGGUUCACUCGGCGAAGGACGCGUAUGAUGCAUGGUCAAGUCUGGAAGGACACUACGAGAAGAAAAGCUUGGCUAAUAAGCUCUUCCUUCGUCGCCGGUUCUUCACGACAAUGAUGGGAGAAGGUGAUGACGUGCUGGAGCACAUCAACAGACUCAAGACUCUGGCGGAGCAAUUGGACGCAGUCGGUGCUCCGGUCAGUGAGGACGAUUUGGUCAUCACGCUUCUGGCCAGCCUUAGCGAGUCGUACCAGUUCCUGAUAACAGCAUUGGAGUCGAGAGCCGACUCUCUGUCGUGGGAACUAGUGACGUCUCGGCUAUUGCAUGAAGACAUGAAGCGCAAGGAGCAAGGUGAUGAAAUCGAAGGAGCCGCGCACGGUCAAGCUCAAGCAUUCAUGUCAAGAGACAACAAGCGCAAGGCUCGACCGGCUAAGAAGACCGGUGCGUGCCACAAUUGUGGAAAGCAAGGACAUUGGAUUGCCGAAUGCCCCUCGCGCAUCCAUGAAGACGCUGAUCGACACAGGUACCAGCGUGCAAACAUCGCGCAAGAACCGGAGCUUGGCGAUUACCUGUUCUCGGUUGGUGGUGGCAAGACCAAGUCGAGUUACAUGUGGCUGGUCGAUUCAGGGGCGACGCAGCACAUGACAAGUUCGAAAGAGUUCAUGAGGAACUACAAGGACUUUGGACCAGUAGAUGUGCAUCUUGCUGAUGAUGGAGUUGUGCAAGCGAUUGGAAAGGGUGACAUUGUCAUGUCAAUGAUGACUCGUCAGGGCGUCAAGAAGGGUGUGCUCACAAAUGUGUGGCAUAUCCCAAAGUUAUCUCGAAACUUAUUUUCCGUUGGAAGAUUCAUCAAGGACGUGGUGCCUGUCACCUUUGAAGUCGAUGGUUGCUUCGCAGAAACGAAGGGUUUCAAGUGGAAACUAGGCGCUCUAGAAGGAAAGGGAUUGUUCAAGCUUUUUAUGACACCGGUGCUUCCUGACGAGGUCAAUGUGGCGAGUCCAAUAAACUUCAAAGGAGACAACACUUCCUACCUUUGGCAUCUUCGACUUGGCCACAUUGGUCAUGGUGGUCUAGAUGCCAUUGUCAAGAAAUAUUACGGCAGUGGAAUCGGCAUGAAGUCUGUGCAGAAGUGGGAGUUUUGUAAAGGAUGCGCACUUGGCAAACAAACACGUGUGAGCUAUAUGCCCAAGUCACCCGACCGAGCACGUAUGUUGCUGGAGGUCAUUCACAGCGAUGUGUGUGGCCCCAUGAAAACUCCUACCUUCAGUGGAAAACGAUACUUUGUGACUUUCAUUGACGAAUACUCGCACUACUGUGUGGUGUAUCUGCUUCAAAACAAGUCUGAAGUAGCGACCAAGUUCGCUCAAUUUGUUGCGUUGGCGGAAACCCAAACUGGCAAACGUGUGAAGACUCUUCGAAGCGAUAAUGGUGGUGAGUACACUUCCAGAACGAUGUCCAAGUUCUGUGUGGACCAUGGUAUCAUGCAGAAAUUCACGCCGCCUUACACUCCUCAAUUGAACGGUGUCGCCGAGCGAAUGAAUCGGACAUUAGUGGAAAGCGCCCGUUGCAUGAUGGAACAUGCUGAGUUAUCCAAGUCGUAUUGGGGUGAGGCAGUCAUGACUGCGAACUUCCUACGUCUUCGCUGUCCAAGUCGUUCAACAAGUCACGACAAGUCACCCUACGAAGUAUGGAGUGGUAAGAAACCUAUACUUGCAAACCUGAAGGUGUUCGGUUGUCAUGCAUACGUGCAUGUGCCCAAGCCAAAGCGGUCCAAGCUCGAUGCAAGAUCGAUUCAGUGUCGGUUCAUUGGAUACUCCGACCAUGAAAAAGCGUACCGUUUCGAGGAGAUCAAGAGUCGUCGUGUACUGGUCAGUCGCGACGCACAGUUCAUGGAGAAUGUUUUCGACAGUGGGAGACGCGACUAUGUGCAAGAUGGAGCCGUCGUCGAAGAAGAAGCUUUUAUGGAAGAUGAGGAUGUACCUAUGGAGGACUACUCCUCUCAUGACACCAGCAACAUGAAUUUUGAAGAGGCUACAAUGGAUGGCGUUGAUGAACCCGGCGUUAAGAGACACCAACGCACACAGUCACUCGAGGCCUUGGCCAACGCUCCUGAUGCGAAACGUCGAGCUCGAUACCUUACCAUGGCCGAGAUGUCUGCGACUGCUGAUACCAGUCACUCUGUUGAGACUGCCUACGUCGUGGAUUCAGUGGGAGAUUUACCAAGGACAUUCAAGUCAGCAGUGGAAUCCAGCGACGCAGUCAAGUGGAAAGAGGCUUGUGACUCCGAAAUAAAUUCCCUUCGUCAAAAUGAGACCUGGAAUCUCGUGCCGCUUCCACAGGGACGCAAGGCAAUUGGUAAUCGAUGGGUAUUUCGGGUAAAGGAGACCAAGGAUGGAAGAAUCGAGCGGUUCAAAGCGCGUUUGGUAGCCAAAGGUUUCUUACAGAAACAUGGCAUUGACUAUGACGAGACCUUCGCUCCUGUGGCCAAGUUCACAUCCAUCCGAGUUUUACUCAGCUUAGCGGCGAAGUACUCGUUCAUGAUUCACCAUAUGGAUGUCAAGACAGCAUUUCUAAAUGGAUAUCUUGAGGAAGAUAUUUACAUGGCGCAGCCGGAUGGAUACGUUGAUGAAGAUCAUCCGGACUUUGUUUGCCAGCUAAAGCGCUCUCUAUAUGGUCUGAAGCAGUCCCCACGGAUGUGGAACCAGACCAUUGACAAGUUUAUGCUGGACUUGGAUUUUAAGAAGUGCAAGACCGACCAUUGCAUUUAUUUCAAGCGAGAUCAAGAAGACUUGAUUUUUGUAGCGCUGUACGUUGACGAUUUGGUCCUCGUAAGCAACAACGCCGAACUGAUUAGAGCUACAAAGGAUGCGCUAAGUGAGCGGUUUGACAUGACGGAUCUUGGCGACCUCAAGUACUUCCUAGGAGUGGAAGUUAACCAAGAUCGUUCAGCUGGUACGAUUUCGAUUUGUCAGUCCAAAUUUGCAAAGGACAUCCUUGAGAAAUUUGGCAUGGAUAACAGCAAUCCUGUCAGAACUCCACAAGAACCAGGACUCAAGCUGACAAAGUCAAUGUGCGUGGAUGGGUGCAAGCAUGACGAAACGAUGGCAAAUGUGCCAUUUCGCAACGCAGUCGGCUGCUUGAUGUACCUUAUGGUGGGUACACGCCCAGACCUUGCAGCUGCAGUGGGAGUGCUUAGCCAGUUCUCGGCAGACCCUUGUCCGACCCAUUGGCAAGCUCUUAAGCGGGUGUUACGUUACAUCCAAGGCACAAGGGAAUAUGGAAUCGAGUAUCAAGCAACAAACAAUGACAAACUGCACGGCUACUCGGAUGCAGACUGGGCCGGAGACGUGGAAGCUCGACGAAGCACAAGCGGGUACACGUUCAUAUUGAACAACGGGUGUGUAAGCUGGAGAAGUAAGAAACAGAGCACUGUGGCUCUUUCAUCUACGGAAGCGGAGUACAUGGCUUUGACGGAAGCGGAGUACAUGGCUUUGACGGAAGCUGCAUAA